UGAACCCAUUUUCCUCCUUUUGCUGCCUCAUGUCCUCUUUCUUGAUUUUACUCUAGUUGAGCUGUUAUGAGCACAUUUGCGUGUUUCAUAAUUGGAUUCUUGUGUUUCCUUUCAAGAUUGUCAUGUACGAGGCGAAUUUACAUGAAAUGUCAAGAAGCUUCUUUGAACCCCUUUUCCCUUCUUUUCUAAUUCACAUGUUGUUCCUUGUUUUGCUGUAUUAAGGUCCAUAUGCAACACAUUUGCAUGUCUGGAAAUGGGUUCCUUUUCUUUCAUUUCCCCUCUUUCUCUUUGGUGUUUCUUUUGUCUUUUUUCUUUCUUGGGUUUUGGUGUUGGGGGAGAAUUUAAUGACUGCAAGGGCCUGAUUUUCUCCUUCUGUUUGAAGGUAGUUUUAGGAAAUGGCUUCUAAUAUGGAGCCAGUAGCAGUGACUUCACAGAAGCAUGAUCCUGCAUGGAAGCAUUGCCAAAUGUUUAAAAAUGGGGACAGGGUUCAGCUCAAGUGUAUAUACUGUGGAAAAAUUUUCAAGGGUGGUGGGAUUCACAGGAUUAAAGAACACCUAGCUGGCCAGAAAGGGAAUGCUGCCACUUGUUUAAGAGUUCAACCUGAUGUACGGUUGCAAAUGCUUGAGAGUCUGAAUGGUGUUGCUGUCAAAAAGAGGAAAAAACAGAAACUUGCAGAGGAGAUGUCAGGCUAUGAUAAUACAAAUACCAGUGGGGUUGAAGUAGUCAACAAUCAUUGUGGUUUGAAUACAGAGAUUGUUUUACUUCCUGUCCCUGAAAUGAUUGAACAUGAUGGGGAUGUGUAUGCAAACAGAGAAGAUGGUACGAGCAGCAAAACAAGUGGUAGAAAGAAAAAAGGGAGGGUUAGGAAAGCCCCUGAUUUUGUUACCUCUAAUACUGCAGCUUUAGCUAGUUUUCCCGCUAUGAAUUCUAAGAAAGUUAGCAAUACAGUUCAUAUGGCAGUAGGUCGCUUUUUCUUUGAUGUAGGAUUGCCUGUUGAUGCUGUUAAUUCUGCUUAUUUUCAACCAAUGAUUGAUGCAAUCGCUUCUCAAGGCACCGGAGUUGUUGGCCCCUCGUACCAUGAUCUUAGGAGCUGGAUUUUGAAGAAUUUAGUUCAUGAAGUCAGAAAUGAUGUUGAUCAAUGCACAGGAGCUUGGGGAAGGACUGGUUGCUCGAUCUUGGUAGAUGAGUGGAAUUCAGGAAAGGGUAAAACGUUUGUCAACUUUUUGGUGUACUGUCCAGAAGGGACAAUCUUUUUGAGGUCAACUGAUAUAUCACAUGCAAUAGAUUCUGCGGAUGUCCUUUAUGAAUUGCUGAAGGAAACAGUGGAUGAAGUUGGCUUGAGAAAUGUUCUGCAAGUGAUUACCAGCUGUGACGAUCGGUAUGUUAUUGCUGGGAAAAGACUUACAGACACUUAUCCAACUGUUUUCUGGACACCAUGUGCUGGUCGCUGCAUUGAUUUGAUGCUUCAGGACAUUGGCGAACUUCCAACUGUGAAGAUGAUACUUGACCAGGCAAAAUCAAUCUCGAGAUAUACCUACUCGAAUAGUGUUGUUUUAAACAUGAUGAGACGAUACACAUUUGGAGUGGAUUUGGUCGAUUUGGGAACUACUCGCUCGUCUACUGAUUUUAUGACAUUGAAAAGGAUGGUGAAUAUCAGACAUAAUCUGCAGUCAAUGAUUACUUCUGAGGAGUGGAUGGAAAGCCCUUACUCAAAGAAAUCGGAAGGUUUUGCAGUAUUAGACACUAUUAGCAGUCAGUCAUUCUGGUCCACAUGUGCCUUGGUAGCACGUUUAACGGAUCCGCUCUUACGACUAUUAAGGAUAGUUAGUAGUGAAAAGAGGCCUGCCAUGGGAUUUGUUUAUGCAGGAUUGUAUCGAGCCAAAGAGGCUAUUAAGAAGGAACUUGUGAAUAAGGAAGAAUACUUAGUUUACUGGAACAUCAUAGAUCGCAGGUGGGAACAACUUCAGCGCCACCCCCUUCAUGCAGCAGGUUUCUAUCUGAAUCCGAAAUUUUUCUACAGCCUUGAGGGAGACGCACAUCUUCACAUUCGGUCACUAGUAUAUGAUUGCAUAGAGAAGUUGGUUCCUGACCCUAAGAUCCAAGAUAAAAUUAUGAAGGAAACAGCCUCUUACCAUGGUGGCGUAGGAGACUUUGGGCGAAAGAUGGCUAUCAGAGCUAGAGAUACUUUGCUUCCCACUGAGUGGUGGCUAACAUAUGGUGGGGGAUGCCCUAAUUUGGCGCGCUUGGCUACCCGCAUUCUCAGUCAAACUUGCUGCUUGAUCCAUCAUAAACUAGAUAAAGUUCCUCUUGAACACAUGCAUGAGAGGAAAAAUUGCUUGGAGCAUCAGAGGCUCAAUGAUCUUGUCUUUGUUCAAUACAACAUGUCCAUGAAACAAAUGGUUUCAAGCAACAAACAACAAGAAGCUGUGGAUCCCAUUUCUUAUGAGCACAUUGACAUUGUUGAAGACUGGGUUAUCGAGAAAGAAUUAUGCUCAGAUGGCUCCGGGAAUACAGAGUGGAUGGCUGUUGAUCCACCUUUAGGUAACGUAAUGCUCUUAGGUCCACAAAUUGAUGAUAUUGAAGCCCUGGGUGCAGGUUUUGAUGAUCAUGAAAUUUUUGAUGCGGUGAAAGAUAGUGAAGAAGAAAAUGGAGAAGAGAACAUAGGCAACCACUAGAUUCUUGCCAAACCGACUUCCUUUUUUCAGGCAGCGGAGGAACAUGGAUGGAGGCUAAGUUGAGGAUGCAUCAUUAAUUAAGUUUAGAGCCUAAUAAAAUGAAUACAUAGCUCACUUGGAACUGAUUCACUCUGCGAAUUUGAAGGAGUUGUACAAACUUCUUUCUCGCGCUGCAAUCAUGUGGGGCUAAUAGCAUAGUCUCUGAAGAUAUAUUCAGUUUGCAUCUGACUGUGGCAUGACCGCUGCCAAGAGGGCGCUAUGCUCUUAAUUCUCUUGUAUCAUAUACCUCAGGGCCAUGACUUUGUGGUAUGAAGGUCUGAGGCUGAAAAUGAUCAAAGUUGUACAUCACUCGGUCAAAUAAAAUAGUAAGUGUAUACACGGACCUGCUGACGAAAUCAAGUUGAGUAAAAUAGGUCCAAAAAGUUGACAA